GAGUAAGCACAGACUUGACGCGAAAAACCAGUCAGGAGCUCAGCGAUCUAGCGCGAGACAGGGAGGGUGUGUCCUGAUCCGAACGAGCUGACUGAACGAGCUAGAGAGAGAGAGAGAGGGAGGGCAAGAGCGUUGGUGCUGUCGGUCGGGAAGUUUCUGUGCAACUUUGUGCGCCUGACGCCAGUUUGGAGGUCAUUGUUUUUUUUUUCGGGACUUUGCCGUGAGUUUCUCAUAGCCGGGCUGUAGCAGGAAGAGUGAUUCUUACACGCAAGCGACUGGAUUCUUUUCGGCAGUAUGGGGGAUGUUAUCUCUACGCACCUAGACGAUCAGAGACGGCAGUACAUCGCAGAGAAGACUGGCAAGAUUGUGGGAGAAUUCUGCAAGUACUACGAGCAGCAGUAUGGUGUGGCUCUUUUCAAUAAGGUCCGCUGUGACAUUGAAGGAGUCGGCGCCCCGCAGUCUCAGCUGCUGCAGCGUAAGGUGCCACUGGCAGACAAAUGUAUUUUCUCCGGCAACCUGUUCCAGUAUCUGGAAGAGAACCGGAAAUGGAGGAACCGCUACUUAUUUGUUCCGGACUCAUACAGCGUUCACUACUAUGAGACAAAACUGGCUUGGGACAGAGGUUUACACCCCAAGGGGAUCAUUAAUUGUGCUGGAUACAAAGUGCUGACCUCCGUGGAACAAUAUUUGGAGCUGCUCAAUAACUGCCUGCCAGGUCUCAAAGUGAAGGCGAGCAGCUCCCCUUACCUGAAGUGUGCCACUCAGUUUCCCAUUAUCCUCUGGCAUCCUUAUGCCCGACACUUCUACUUUUGCGUCAUGUCAGAGAAGGAACAGAAGAAAUGGCAAGCUGUCUUUCAAGACUGUGUGAGGCACACCAAUAAUGGACUGCCCGAGGAUGAUAAAGUGAAGACGCCAGCUUUCACUGAUGCUGUCCGGCUCUAUCGGCAGGCCAAGGAUCAAUAUGGCACCUGGGACAUGAUGUGUGGAAAUGCUGAGCAGAUCCUGACCAACCUGGUGAUGGAGGAGCUCCACCCAGAGCUGAGGAACCUCAUUAGCCCACGGUUAAAGGGCAAAGUGCAGGAGCGGCAGAAGCACUGGAUUCUGAUUUCAGAUGCUGUAUACCGCCUGGUACAGACCCAGACUGAGGCACAGUAUGAUGCUGUCCUGCAACGCUGUGAGUUGGGCCGGCCCCAGAUGGAGAGCAUGAUCCGUACUGACAUGGACCAGAUAACUGCCUCCAAGGAGCACAUCUGUAACAAGAUUCGAGCCACUGUACUUCCCAAAGCAGAGCUCUGUGUUCGCAAUCAUGUCCAGCCUUACAUCUCCUCCAUCCUGGAUGCCCUAAUGAGCCCCACUAGUCGUGGCUUCUUUGAGGUCCGUGACAUUUUCUUCCGGGAGCUGCUGGAACUGAAUAAAAAUGUGGUGAAUGAGGGUGGCCAGGACAAACUAGGAGAGUAUAUGGAAAAGAUUACAAUGUUAGCUUACCACCCUGUGAAGAUGCAUAGCUGCUACGAGAAGAUGGAAGAGUUGCAACUUGAAGGACUGCAGCAAAGGUUUGAUGUGUCCAGUCCUGCAGUGUUCAUCCAGCGAGCUCAAAUCCUGAUGAGAGAGCAAAUGGACAAUGCUGUUUACACAUUUGAGCAGCUACUUCACCAAAGUUUGGAGUCCACGCAGGAGAAGGACGAGCUGUGCAAGCUCAUCCAGCGCAUCCAAGAAAGGGUCAUUAAGAAGUAUGACUACGACAGCAGCACUGUCAGGAAAAAGUUUUUCAGAGAGGCCCUGCUGCAGAUCAUCAUUCCUUAUCUACUGAAGAAGCUCUCCCCUACUUGUCGGCAGGAGUUGCCCAAGUACCAGGAGUUUAUCUAUGAAGACUAUGCAAAAUUCAUUCUACUAGAAAACCUUUUUGAAGAGGUGGUUCUUCAGUCUGUGAUGAAGGAUAUCAUGCUAGCGGUGAAAGAAGCAGCAGUCCAGAGGAAGCACAAUCUAUUCCGAGAUAGCAUUGUCCUCACCAACAGCGACCCAAAUCUGCACCUGCUUGGUGAAGGUCCACCUAUUGAUUGGGGUGGGGAGUUUCCAAUAGGUUCUACAGAACCCGAUGCCCCUGCAUCAGAGAAGCGGCGUCGAAUGAAGCAAGUGGUUUCCAUGAUCCAGGAUGAGGGAGCAGUCCAACUGCCUAAUGAAUCCUGCAUGGAGGUCCCAGCAGAAAAGGUCAUCCCAGAGGAGCAGGAGGGUGAGGUGCAGAACACAGGCCCCAAAGCCACUGAACAGGAAGAUCCCAAGUCCCCUGACAGUGUGCAUGAAAUCAGAGACUUAAUUAACCCAAAAAUCACAGUGGAGAACACUGUCCCAGCUGGUGAUCUCUCCUUACUGAACAAUGGAACUGUAACACAGGAAGCCCAACAAGCAGCAUCUGUCAAGAAGGAAGAAUGCCAAGAGAUUCCCUCAACUCAUUCCACAUCACAGCUUUCCUCUACACACCUUGACAAUGGCUGUCAGUCACCAGCCAGCAAAGAGAACGAACCCAACCCAGCUCACCUAGUUACAAGUGACAUCAGCAGCAGUCCAGCCAAAGAUGCAACAGUAAAUGCUUCCGGUGACAGGAAGACUAGAGAGGAGGAUUCAGUUAACUAGCCAGGACGGCGGGUACUGACUUUUUAAAGAGACUACUUCCUGAAAUAAAACACAGGAUGCAUAAAACAAAAACCUAAAAGUGGAAAAUAGGAAGGCUUCACUGUAAUUUGCAAUUUUAUCCUUUUUUUUUUUUUUAAGAAGAGCACCCAAAGCUAGCUGCCAGAGACACCAUUACACCACUGGCACAAGGUGCUUGCUUAUAUUUUGGGAGGCGUUGCUUCUCAUGCUGCUUCUGCAGUUAGACAAUUGUGGCACUCAGCCUUUUUCAUAUUCAGUUUUAAUUGACACAGAAGGGGCACAACACAGAGCUCACGAUCUGUCCCAAAACUGAAGCAAACACUCACCCCAAAGUGCACAAGGAGCUUUACAGUAUUGAUAGGGUGGUCUAAAUGCCUGGACAGGUCUAGCAAAGCAAUGUUCCUUUAGGGUAAAUGAUGAGGGCCCUAGUCAGGGAAGUGUUCUUAUACUGCCUAAUGUUUCCACAGAGUAUUCUGACAAUACAGACUUUUGACUAGCGGACAGUUGGGCAUUGUACAUUACAAAUGUCUUAAGUUUUUUCUAGUGGAAAACUCUAUAGUUAUCAUUAUGUUUUUUCUUAUCAUAAACCCUGAAGGUUGACUCUCAUUUGAAUUUAAAUGUUGAAUGGAAAACCUACCAUGGUUUGACGCUGGAUUCUAUUGGGUUAGAGGUAACCAACACAGGGCACCCCCGAGAUGAAUAGGCAUUACCUGCCUUACGGAUGGCAUGGUAGUUUGUGGUUUCAAACACUUCCUCAUGUAUUUUUCACCAUCCUUUCCUAAAGCAAUCUAUUAUGAACACAAAGUCACCUUGUGGAAUUGUCACAUAAAUCAUCCAGAAGUAUCUUAUGGAUGAUAUGUAGGCAGACUGGCCCCUGUCCAUUCUCCAUGGCCAUUAGUAGUUCUGAUGAAUUCUGUUUGGGUUUUGUGCAGCACCCAGAAUAUCACAGCCAGAGUCACUGAGUUUUAAGGUUCCGGUUCAUCUAGGCAUGUGCCACAACUGUACUGACACUUUUCCUAAUUAAUUUAUUGCUUUCACUUAUUUGUGUAGAGCGGCACUCAGGGGAAGCACAGGUGUGCAUCCUCUCAGCAGCAGGGGUCUAGAAAAAUAAAAUGGUGCCAACAGCUCACAAACAUCAACACUGUCGACUUUUUAAAAGACAACAACUCAUAUGCAACAAGGAUGGUGUUACUGGCAGACUCUGGCCACCCUGUUGGAUGAAGAUGUCACGUACUGCUUGAUGCUGCAUCGCUUGCUUGUUGUGGAGCGCUGCAGAGGGCCCUUGUGUGUGUUCAUAUUUAAACCGCUCACUUUCUGUGUGUGUCUGUAAAUGUCUCUGCCUUUUAUCCAUUGUUGUGUUGCUGUAAAUCUUUCUAUCUGGCCCUAAAGUAUUUUAUUAAUUAUCUGAAAGUUGAAGACUUUUUUUCUGUUUAUUGAAGAUAAAAUAAAAGUUCAAUGUUUGUGUUG